CGAAGAAAAAGCAUCGAAUCCCAUCAUCGUUUCAUUAGCACGGCGUGCAAAUUUUUGAAGGCGAUCCGAGUUUUGGCAACGUUUCGGCAAUAGAUCGACGUGCGACUUGCGGUCUACGGUGAAGCAGCCAGGCAACCGUAGAACAGACGAACGCGUCGACGAACGAACCAACCAGGGUCUCAGGGAACCAUGAGUGACAAUACGGCAUCAAGGAAGUUGAGCACGUCGGGCGAAGGUGCUGCCGGUGGUGGUGGAGCAGGAAGCCACCUGAUGCCAGGCGGAGGAGGUGCAGUCGGUGGACUACAGCACGAGGGCAGCACAGAGGACAUUGAGCGGCAGCUGGAAGCGCUCGAUCAGGACAGUGAUUCAGACUCGGAAUCGUUGGAAGAGCUGGAGGCGUGCGAGGACAUCGAAGUAGUGAAUGCUGAUCGGUCGGCUGGCCAUGCCGACCCCGCUCUCGACGUAACCAUACGCUACACUAUAUGCCUGUUCUGCAAGAAACCGUUCCAGCUGAAGAAAGAACUCAAAAAGCACCUGUUUGAGCACAUGAAAAACCUAAAGCCGAUGAAGGAGAAAAAGAUCGUGGAGAAGAAGUUCAAAUGUCACAAAUGCUUCAAGACGUACACGGAGAAGGCCCGUGCGGAGAAGCACAUGACCAAGUGCAAGAAGGUAUCGAAGCUACUGCAGGACAUGAGCAACACAGGCGAAGGUAGGAUAAUGGGUGGUAGCGAAUACGAUGCCGCACUGUCGGAGAAGAGUAACAAAAGCAGCAUGAAGAGCGGCGCCAAGUUCCGUGAGCCUACCUCGCCCCGAUCGCUCGUGUUCGAUCCGGAUGCGGCCGACAGCGACGAACGCUGGUCCACGUCGGACGAUCGACGAGAGCGCAACCAGGUGGUGCACUUUGACGAGCGGACAACUAAGGGUGGUGGCGGGAUGGGCAGCUCGGACGAAUCGCCCACCUCUCCUGGUACCGGUGGUCACUUUCAGAAAUGCUCGUAGAGUCCAACUCAGCCUAGUCCAGCGACAACGGACGACGAUAACGUUAGAUGCGGUCGGUAGAGCGACGGAACGUUUGACUACGCAUGCCGCCGCGUAUUAGUACUUGCGCCUCGAGAAGUAUUUGUUUAUCGGUCAAGUAAUGUACACCCCGUAUCGUCGUGUUCCUUAGUUAUUUUCCGCCGU